AUGGAGGGCUGGGGUCUCUGGGCCUGUCGGGAGGCUGGGCCCCCCCACCUCCCCGGCAGCCCCAUCGUGCGGCAGAUCCGGCAGGACUGCGCCGAGCCCUUCGCCGCCUUCGAGCGCUGCCUCCACGAGAACCAGGCGGCCGUGGGCAACUGCACCGAGCACGUGAACCGCUUCCUGCUGUGCGCCGAGCGCGUGAAGCCCUCGGCCUGAGGCGGCCGGAGCCCUCGUGCCCCUUCCCCGGGCCGCAUCCUGGGAGCCGAGCGGCUGGAGYGGGCACGCAGACCUCUGUUCCUGCGUUCCUGCCCUCCUCCUUGACGCCUUGUUUGCAGAAAUCCUGCCCUCGUUGCCUCACAAAACGGGACAGAAUGCGCGCACCGCUCCAGGUGUGGCAAGCCACGGACAUGGAUUGUCAGCCAAGUGGUUCCUGUGUAGGUGGAACGGGGGAAAAGGCAGCGCCUUUUUCUCUCCAAGGGUGCUCGAAGGCAACUGCUUGGUCUUUUUUAGCGCUGGCUUGGGCUAAAUUGGUGAAUUGCGCUGSGUGAAAGCCGUCGUGUCGACUUCGAGUCGUGAUUUUCGCCCAGCUCUGCUAACCGAGCGRUUUUGGACAGCCAUACGUGCGGAGUGGCUGUUGAAAUAGGUCACCCUGUAACACUCGGCGCUGCUGAAUGUCUUGCGAACUUCUAUAGCGCAAUGUUAACGUAAAGAACGUGUUACUAAGUGUAUGGAAAUGGCCUGAAUGUGACAGGCUUCCACGUGCCUUGUAAUUAGGGUGCUGCACGCACCCAAAGUCUACCUGAUUCUUUUAUUUGUGCUGUUUUUGUCAUAGG